AUGUGCAAUAAACACGCACGCAAGAGUCACAUUACCAAGAAACAAAUAGAUUAAAAUUAAAGGAUGGUGUCGAAUAUUAUUAACCGGUUAAAUGUUGCCUUGCAGAAGGUCGAUCGUUUUGUAGAAUUAAUUUUUAGAGGAGGAUUUCCGCCACAAGCUCUUUCUGCAAUGGAAGUUAAUUGUGAUAAAUGGAAUAACUUCACUUAUAAGGGAGGGUCGUUUUCCCUUAAAGACAUCUGGGGGGAAGGAAUUUUUUGGGGUGUUCCAAAACACAGAAGAACAAUAGAAAAACGUUGGAGGCGAAAAUUCGGUCAUCCAGAUUAUCACCUGAAAUUAUUAAAACCAAGGACGAAUCUUAUUACGUGUCACUCUUGUGGUCACGCUCACGAAGCAGGAAUUCUUUGCGCACACUGUUAUGGAAGAAUCAAAGAAGAAACUACAAAAAUGCAGGAAGCAAUUGUACAGAAUUUAGGACUCGACCCGGUUGAAAAGGAAGUUAUUGUUCUAUAUGAAGGUGAAAAAGUGGAUAAGACGAAAGAGUUUUGGAAGAAUCAGCGUAUAGUUGAACUGCCUCAAAAAAGACCAGAGUGGUUCCAUAAAAAUUUGCUGCAGCCAACAACACAAGAACCAUCUGAUAGUACGGAAGUAAAACCUACAAAUCUAGCCUAAAUGUAUAUUCUCAUUAAAGAUGGUAGAUUAAUUCUUUAAGAUUUAUUCAGUUUGUUUUAAUUGGAUACAUUGUUUUUCAUUUGCUGAGUAUAAAAAAUAAAUAGGAAGUACAUAAA